AGCACCUUCAUCACCUCCCUCAUUCCUCAUCCUCAUCAUCCUCUUCAUCCCUCUUCAUCCCUCUUCCUCCUCCUCAGCCUCCGCAGCUCAGGAAAAUCCCGGCCACUGUUCCAGCGCGGAGCACGUCUGAUCUUCAGAGCUCUGCCAUAUUCAGCUUUUUUUAUUCCCUCAGUGCAGAAAGAUCAAUGGAGACUUUCAUUUAAUUCUUCCUAAAAUUACUGAACCAUCAUCAUCAUCAUCAUCAUCAUCAUCACGUCCAUCAUUUUUUACAAGUCAGGAUGUAUCUGGAGAAUAAGAGCAAUUUGGAGAUGUCUCAAACGGGAGCUCAGGGCCAUCAGAAGUCUGAGGCUGUGGCGGGAAACUUUGACGAGCUGCGUCUCUUGGAAGGAUUUUCUAAGAGGACGGAGACGCAGAAGCUGCUGCAGGCUGCUGCCGUGCCGCCGGGACACCACAUCAUCUACACCGACCACCAGGAGCACAGGCGAAACUUCAGCAUGGUGAACUUCCUGAGAGGAAAGACGGACCACACGGAGAGAUCGCCGCUGCUCCGGAUCACUCAGGACGAUGGUUUAACAUACAUGACCCUGCGUGACCCCGGCUUCGGCCCAGGAGACGAGUUGUGGAAUGGAAACUCAGUGGAGUUGGAGCGAAGAUGUCGACUGGGGAGCGAGGUGACCAGUCUGUCCCGUUCACUGUCCACUGACAAAACCGAGACUUCAAACAACUUCAAACUCUCCUCCAACCUCAGAAACUGUUUAAGAGUCACAAAACUUGUGACCAUCUUCAUCAUCGUCAUUCUCUGUACACUGUUGUUCAGCAUGUUUCCCGAUCGAGACCGUCCCUGGAGGAUGCUGGCCGUCUCGUCCACUUCAAGUUUCUCCAUGAACUUGACAAACUUCCGUGAAAACGCCUUGUUGAAGCUUCAGGUGGGCGGUCCAUUUCAGGGCGGGAUCGAGGAUGUUCCUGCACAGGAAUACAUCGUGGUACAGGUAGAGCAGACAGUAGAGAUAUCGGCCCGCAGGAAACGAGUGCAACAGGUGUUUUAUAACUGGACUAUACCUUUACAUUCCAAAAGGAGUGACCAGAUUCUCAAAACACGGACUUUUGCUAUGCUUAAUGGAGCUCCAAUCCAGAUAAACGUGCAGGCCUUCCUGCAGGACAAUCAGGUGGUUCCUCUGUCCAUGACGCACCAGGCGCUUUCUCUACGAGUGGAAACUCAGGUGCUCAUCGCUGGACUCAUCCUGGCGGGAGUUUACGUGCUGAUCAUCUUCGAGAUUGUACAUCGUACCCUGGCGGCCAUGUUGGGAUCGCUGGCCGCUCUGGCAGCCCUCGCAUACAUCGGAGAUAGGCCCAGUCUGAUGACGGUUGUAGAGUGGAUUGACUUUGAAACGUUGGCCUUGUUGUUUGGCAUGAUGAUUUUGGUGGCCAUUUUUUCAGAGACUGGCUUCUUCGAUUAUUGUGCUGUUAAGGCGUAUCGGUUGUCCAGAGGACGAGUUUGGCCCAUGAUCAUCAUCCUGUGUCUCAUCGCUGCCAUCCUGUCUGCGUUCCUCGACAACGUGACCACCAUGAUGCUCUUCACCCCCGUCACCAUCAGGUUAUGUGAGGUGCUGAAUUUAGACCCCAGACAUGUCCUGAUCGCCGAGGUCAUCUUCACCAACAUCGGAGGAGCUGCGACUGCGGUCGGAGAUCCCCCAAACGUCAUCAUCGUCUCCAACCAAGACUUGCGCAAAAAGGGCCUGGAUUUUGCUGCAUUUACAGGCUACAUGUUCCUGGGCAUCUGCCUGGUGCUGCUGACCUCCUUUCCCUUUCUGAGGAUUCUCUACUGGAAUAAGAAACUCUACAACAAAGAGUCCAGCGAGAUUGUGGAGCUGAAGCACGAGAUUCUGGUGUGGAGACAGACAGCACAGCGGAUCAACCCCGCCAGCCGAGAGGAGACUGCUGUCAAGUGUCUUCUCAUGCAGAAGGUUCUCAACCUGGAGAGCCUCCUGCGCAAGAAGCUCCGGACCUUCCAGAGGCAAAUAUCCCAAGAGGACAAAAACUGGGAGAGCAACAUCCAGGAGCUACAGAAAACGCACAGAAUCACAGAUAAAGUCCUGCUGGUGAAGUGUGUGUCGGUGCUCUGCAUAGUCAUCUUCAUGUUCUUCCUGAACUCCUUUGUAGCUGGGAUUCAUCUGGAGCUUGGUUGGAUCGCAGUCUUGGGUGCUCUGUGGCUGCUCAUUCUGGCGGAUAUCCAGGACUUCGAGAUCAUCCUGCACCGAGUGGAGUGGGCCACGCUGCUCUUCUUCGCCUCACUGUUCGUGCUCAUGGAGGCUUUGGCGCAGUUACAGCUGAUCGACUAUAUCGGCGCACAGACAGCGGCGUUAAUUAAAGCUGUACCAGAGGGCGAGCGUCUGGCCAUCGCCAUCAUCCUGGUCAUGUGGGUCUCAGCUUUGGCUUCCUCACUCAUAGACAACAUUCCCUUCACUGCUACCAUGAUUCCAGUGCUGAUCAACCUGAGCCAGGACGACGACGUGAACCUGCCGGUGAAACCUCUCAUAUUCGCUUUGGCCAUGGGAGCAUGUUUAGGAGGUAACGGGACACUGAUCGGUGCGUCGGCGAACGUGGUGUGUGCUGGAAUCGCAGAACAGCACGGAUACGGAUUUUCUUUCAUGGAAUUCUUCAGGUUGGGCUUCCCCAUGAUGAUGAUGACGUGUACGAUAGGCAUGUGCUACCUGCUGGCGACUCACAUAGGCCUGGGUUGGAACAUCUAAAUCUGUGUAACUGUACGAGUGACGAGUCGUGACAGUGUGUGAUUUUCCGAUGAUGAUGAUGAUGAUGAUGAUGAGGAGGAAACAUUCCGGUCCAUACUGACUGAACACCCAGUGUAUCAUGCUGCAAAGAUGUGAGAAAUCAUUGGAACAAGGGAACGCCUGCGGUGUUUUUCCACUGUGUUAUGGUGCUAUUGCCAUCUCUAGUGUUAUUUCUACGGUAAUGUGCUUGGUGGGAGGAGUUUCGCUGUUUGUUUACGUAGUAACACUUUACUUGAGCCCUGCUCAUCCUUUUUUUUUUUUUUGUUCCGAUAAGAAGCAGUAGUAACUAUAUACACAGCUUCUAAAGAUAACUAGUCAAACGCAAAGUAAAAAACACACUAAUGAGUGUGAAUACUGGUUGUUUGAUUUAUGUGCUAGGCUUUCAUACUAACAAACUAACUGUACUAGCUACGUACACUCACCUCUCCGUAGUACUGACAUAACCAUGUCAUAAACAUGCCAUGGCAGAUGACAUACAUUAUCAAAUGCAUUUUAUGUCCAGUGACGUUAUCGUUAAUCAUCAGGAUGAAAAUAUCAGCCAUGGAAGAAGAUUUACUGUUAUCACCCCACAGUUGAUUCUUUUCCUAUAACAGCGCGUCCUGAAGUGUUUUAUUCCUCUUAUCCUACAGCGAUUUUUACAAACAAUGGAUUUUUUAUGUAUUAAACACCACAUCUUAGUUUUUACUUUUUUUUUUUUUAUCCGUUUAUAGUUACAAGUUGUUGUGUAAUGUUUGUGGAACGUCCAUGAAAGAAAUUAGUUUCUGUUCUCGGUUACGUUACAGCAGCUAUAAACAGUCGUUUCCUCACCAGCCUCUCUUUUUUUCUCUUGCAAAAUUAAUAAGACAAACAAAAAACAAACAAACAAACAAACAAACAAAAAACCCGCAGCUUGACGUUACCAAGAAAUUGCAGCAUCCAUGGCGAAAAACUUCUCUGUUGUGAAGAUGUCAGAAAAGUUGCAGCUUUACCUCUAACUGUUACAAAGCGCUGACACUGGAGACUCCUUCCAUAAAUUUUAGACAACAUUGCUAUUGUGACGCCAUAACGAAUGAGCUGUUGCUAUAGAAACGAUAAUGAAUUAGUGCAUUAAUAUAAACCUGUGAUUUCUAGCUCCUCCAGAAUUAAUCAACUCCUUCUGACCAAUCAGAAUCCAGAACCAAUAUGAAAUUUAUCUAUAACUGAAUAUGAAAAACAUCUAUAAUUAUAGAUGUUUUUCAUAAUAAGUACAUAUUGUAACAUCUGGCAUUAAAUAUAUGCCAAUCAUCCAAAAAAAAUAAAAACAAUAGAAUGUGAAACAGGCAGUUAUUAUCCCAAAAAUUAUGUCUAUUAGUCAAGAACUCCUAACUGUACAUGAUGUUUUCUGUGACACGUUUAUGACAUGGCUAUUCCAGUCUUAUGACACAGGGUUCAAGUAAAGAGUUCCUGAUUCCACUUGCCAAAUAUCUACUCACCUUUCUCAUCUACUCAGAUUUUCUAUUAAUUAGUAAAACAUAGUUCUCUUACUGUAAUGGUCCUGAAAUUAUUUUUGUACUUUUCAGUGAUAUUUGUUGUUCAGGCGCUGUAACAUCUGAUGAAAGGGAUUUUCAUAUGUGCCUGACCCGGCUAUGAUCAAACUCUCCUGUGUAGAUGUCUGAUGAUUUCUAUGUAAUUUUACAAACACAUUUUGAAAAUCGGAAGAUUUUGGUGCAGGAUGAAUAGACUUUUGCAUUUUUACUUCUGUACUCUAAUCCCAGUUAACAGAGGAGGAUAAAAUAAUACGAUACAAUCCGUGGAUAAUAUUCCGUGUCCUUGCUUUGGAAUAGUCGUUAACGUUUCCUUGAGACGGACAACUUUAAUUACAGCAGGUUUAAUGAAACUCAUAGCUCAUAAAAACAGACCUUAACCUCAUUUCAUUUUUUUCUUUGUUAAUUCUAAUUAGCUACAUUUAUGUUUCUCAGUAGCUGUGAGUAGGAAUUAUAACUGUUACAGAGAGUUGAUACACCUAUAAAAUAUCCCCAGUAAACUGUUAUUAUAGAUUAAUAUGUUUCUGUAAUCAUAUACUGGAGCUGAUAAUACCUGUAAAUUAAACUCUACAUACACUGUACUGUCAAA